GUUUGCUCCAAAUCCACCACCAUGACAGCGAUCGAUAUCCCGCACCUUCGCAAGACUAAAACGUCUAGUCAACUCAUCGUCAAUGGCGAACCGUUCCUCAUGCUCAGCGCUGAGCUACACAACUCGACACUUAGCUCAGCCAAGUACAUGGCAGACGACAAGAUCUGGCAGAACAUGAGGGACAUGCACAUCAACACACUAUUGGGAUCCGUGUCUUGGGAACAGAUCGAGCCUGAGGAGGGAAAUUUUGACUUCUCCAACCUCGAUGCCGUCAUCCUAGCAGCUCGCGAGCACAAUAUGAAGCUCGUGUUGCUCUGGUUUGGCAGCUUCAAGAACGCGCUGUCGACAUACGUUCCUGCAUGGGUCAAGAAGGACGUGAAGCGUUUUCCCAGAGUGCACACCAUUGAGGCCGGGAACAGGAAGCGAACACUCGAGCUCCUGAGCCCAUUCUCGGAGAACAGCUGGACAGCAGACGCUAAGGCUUUCGGAGAGCUCAUGGCACAUCUCAAGGAGUUUGAUGGCCAGCACAGUACUGUACUCAUGGUACAAGUCGAGAACGAGACCGGGUUACUCGGCGACUUCAGGGACCGAUCGAAGAUUGCAGAGAAGAAGUACAGUGAACCUGUGCCAAAGGAUCUGCUUGAGCAUCUGCAAACCAAGUAUGCAGACCUGCAUCCUGAAUUCACUAAACGCUUCCCCGGGAUCAAGUCCACGUCUUCGGGCGCGACUUGGAAGGACGUAUUCGGUUCAAAAGAUGAAGUCAACGCCGAAGAAAUGUUCAUGGCCGAUGCUUUCUCAAAGUACAUCCACCACGUCGCCUCCGCAGGCAAGGCUGAAUACCCAAUCCCGCUCUACGUCAACGUCUGGCUGAACUUCGACAACCCUGGCGACCUCGAUAUGUCGGAUACUAACGUCGUUGUUGGUGGAGGUGCCCAGGCCGGCAUCUACCCAUCCGGUGGACCUUGCCCUCACACCACAGAUGUGUACAAGUUCAACGCACCCAGUAUCGACCUUAUCUCGCCUGAUUUGUACUUCCACGACUACGAGCAGACUUGCAUCAACUACAGACAUGGUAACCAGGCCCUCUUCAUCCCAGAGCAGAGGCGUGAUGAGUAUGGCAUCAGGCGAGUAUGGCUUGCCUACGGGACAUACCUUGCGCUGGGAUGCUCGCCAUUUGGUAUCGACUCCCUACAAGCUGCGGAAUCACCUGCAACAAAGCACUAUAAGCUCAUCCAUUCUUUGCGACAUCAUAUCCUGGAGGCACAAGCUGAGCGACCCGAGGAUAUGUUCGGCUUCUUCUUCGAUGAGUUUCAAGAGGGCCAGAAGGUUGUGGAGAAACCUUGGACGAAGAACAUUGCUAACUACGAGGUCAUCGUCGAGCGCGCAUUUGUGUUCGGCAAGGCUGGGCCUGGUGCUGGUAUUGUCAUCCACCAGGGCGAUGGCAAGUUUUUGUGUGCUGGCUGGGGUUUUAAUCUCUCAUUCAAGAGCACAAAUCCCAGCUCCACGUUCACCGGCAUACUGCACGCGGAAGAGAAGGAGAUCGACGCGGAGACUGGCGAGCUGAGCACAGUGAAGAUCCUAGGCGGUGAUGAGACACGGAGUGGCGAGUUCCUAAUCAUGCCGAAUGAGGAUCCGGACUAUGGAGGCUUCCCAAUCGCUGUCACCAUCCCUGCACGAACAUGCAUUGCAGAGUGCUGGGCAUAUAGCUUGGAGGAGACCGAGGAUGACUACUAGGGCUUUCUUUAAAAGUAGGGUGUAGCGUCAGCAGGUCGCAAAUCUAAGUCCUCCAAUUUUAUCAGCAACCUGUCCAGAUUAACGCUGGCUUGUAGUGUGCGUCCAUGCGAGCCCGU